AUGAAGCAGUUCGCCUUGCUUGCGUCGCUUUGCGGCCUCUUCUCCGCUGUUGCGGCCGUGACCCCCGUUGACGUCCAGGGCUCGCAGUUCGUGAACUUGAAGACCAAUACCCGUUUCCAGAUGGUUGGUGUCGACUAUCAACCUGGUGGCUCGUCUGGAUAUAAGCCAGAAAGCGGCAAGGACCCUCUAUCAAGCGCCGAUGAUUGCUUGCGGGAUGCCAUUCUUCUCCAGCGCCUUGGUGUUAAUACCAUUCGUAUCUACAACCUCGACCCUUCUCUAAACCAUGAUGAGUGUGUAUCUAUCUUCAAUGCAGCUGGAAUCUACCUGCUGCUCGAUGUUAGCACCCCCAUUUAUGGAGAGUAUUUGAACCGUGCCGAACCCAGCUCUUCAUACACCAAGGAUUUCGUGACCCGUCUCUUCUCCAUGGUGGAGGCAUUCAAGGAUUAUCCUAACCUCCUCGGUUUCUUUGGCGGCAACGAGAUCAUCAACGAAGAUGCUGCAAAGGAUGUUCCUGCUUAUAUUCGUGCUAUCCAACGUGAUCUGAAGGACUAUAUUGCCCAACACUCCAUGCGCAAGAUCCCCGUUGGCUACUCCGCCGCAGAUGUCCGUGAGGUACUGAAGGACUCGUGGAACUAUGUCACCUGCCAGUCUUCAGAAUCCCCAACCUCCAAUGCUGACUUCUUCGGUGUCAACUCUUAUUCCUGGUGCGGUGACUCUAGCUAUACGGAGAGUGGAUACGACAAGCUGGUAGAUCUCUUCUCGAAAACAUCUGUCCCGGUUUUUUUCUCCGAGUACGGCUGCAAUGAGGUGAAGCCACGCAUCUUCACUGAGGUUCAAGCCGUGUACGGCCCGGAAAUGACCAAGGCUAUGUGUGGUGGUCUGAUCUACGAAUAUUCCCAGGAGGACAAUGAGUACGGGCUGGUCAAACUUGGCGGAAAGGAUAAUACCACCCUCCUUAUUGACUACGAUAACCUGCUCGGCCAGUUUAAGAAACUUGACAUCGAGAAACUCCAGUCCCUUGACCCAAGCACCACUACCGUUAAGCCGCCAACCUGCAAACCCAGCCUCAUCACCUCCAGCAACUUCCUCAAGAAGUUUGACAUCCCAAAGAGACCCGCUGGAGUCGAUGAGCUGAUCAAGAAUGGCAUCAAGAACCCUCCCAAGGGUAAGCUCGUUAAGGUCAAAAACACCAAGACUGACACCAAGGUAUUCACUAAGGAUGGAAAGCUCCUUAGCAAUUUGGAGCUCAAGAUUCUCAAAGAAGACCAGGCUAAUGUUCCUGGAGAGAACACGUCCGGCACUCCGACCGAAAACUCCAACUCGCCGGAUGGCAAGAAGCCUUCCCACUCUGGUGCUGGAAUGAAGAUUUUGAAUCUCUACUUCGCCUCUGUUUUGUCAGCCUCUGUUGUCCUGAGCCAAAUUCUUGCAUAG